GUGAAAAACUUGGAUACCCAGAUAACUGAAGAACAUAGAUCUAAAGGAAUACAAUGUAAAUCUUCAGGAACAAUGGAUAAUGAAAUAUGCAACCAGCUGACUGCUCAGGAUGUGAGGAAAGAUGAUGAACAAAGUCAGUGUUCCAAAACGAAACCUGAUAACAUCAAGGAAGAUAUUUCAGGUGAUAGAGCAGAAGUGUCCAAAGAAAUUGAUGUAAAGCAUACACCUCCUAGAAGUGCUAUGGAAGAAAAAGAUGAAUUUACCAUUGAGCUGGAAAUGUCUGAAAAGGAAAAGCAUGGUCUGGAAUCAAAUGAAAACUCUCCAGAGGAAAAUCAACCUGUAAUAGUGAAGCGGAAAAGGGGAAGGCCUCGUAAAUACCCUCUUGAAGCUGUACAGCCUGGUGGUGGGGAGUCAAAAGCUGAUAUGAGCACUGGGAAUCUGCAGUUUCCUAUCUUUGCGAGUAGAGGAAAAACACCUCAAACAGGUACAGACGUAUCUAAUAAGAAAGAAACAACAAAUGAGGAUGAAGCUGAGAAAGCAGAAAUGAUUGUGCGUAAAAGGGGAAGAAAGCCAGGGCGUUCUCUGGGUCCAUCAGAAGAAACUGAAACACUGGAGCCAGAGAGAAAACGUCGGAAAUUAACGUCUUCUGAAGAUGAACUGAAAGAGACAGAGGAGGGUGAGGAAGAUGAUGUUGAGGAAGAUGAUGAAGCGCAUUCUGGGGCCACAACUAGAUCAGCCACAAGAUUAGAGGCUCAAAGAAAGCAGCCCAGCAAGCCAACCACACGUGCAACUUCUAAAGGCAGCAGUCCAAGUUCAGUUUCUCCUAGAAAACGACAGAACCUAGCAGCAAAAAAAAGAUCUCCAAGUGAUACAAAAAUUAAUAAAUCUCCUCCACUGACACAGUUAAAGGUGCAGUCUGCCAAGCGUAAAAGAGAAGACAGCCCAACAGUGGUACGGAGAAAAGGCCAGCUGAAAACGGAGGAGACGCCACUGAAGAAAAUGAAGCGAUAAUGUUUACCAGCUAGUACUGUUCUUGGAAGAAUCAAAAGAAGAAAAAAUAAAAAAAUCUGUGCUUCUAUUUUUUUUAAAGCAAAGGGAUUUGCACGUGCUUGUUUCAGAGCUCUAAGUUAAUCAAUGCAGUACUUUUAAGUUACCUUUUAAACAGCUUUAUAAACUAUUGUUUAUACAGAAUAUUAUGUACAUUUAUUUCAGAUGAAAAAAAAUAAGUUUACUUUGUAUCUGAAUGAAAAACAAAGUAGUUAUAUAUUUUAUCACUGACCUGGAAAGUUGGGAUUUCCCAAUGUGACAUGCUAAUGCAGAUGCUUCCAACCCAUGAGGCACCCUCGGGCCUACUAAUACACGUGUACAUAAACUUGUAAAAAUAGGUUGUAUUUUACUCUGUGUAUGAAUCUAAUCAAUGAUGGACAUUUUAUUUAUUAUAUGGAAAGCAUUGGUCUGUAAACUUUAGUAUAUACCUUAGGUUUUUUUAAUUAUAUAUUUUACAUUCUAUGCAGAUGUCGGUAGGAAACGUCCCCUCCGCUCCCCCAGAGCUGUCUAAAGUCUGAAGUUCUCUAAAACACGCUCAGACGG